UGCGGGCUAUGUGCAGUGCUAGGCCACAAAAGAGCGGAGGAUCACGAGGAGCGGCCAAUGUGCUGCUUCCCUCUGAGCAGUGUUGGAACGGCGGGGAUUCCCACCGUGGUAUUCAGGCCCCCGAGCGGUCCUCUCGCACUCAGCCUCCUUGUCAUAGCCCAGUGCGUGGCUGUAUCGGCAAGGGAAAGCUACUGAAGGCACUGGGAUGAAUUCCCCAUACAGUGGAGAGUCAGCCUCUCCCUACUCUGACCAUUCCCUCGGGGUUCCCUCACCCCCCACAGUGGUUGCUGCCUUCAACCGCCCCUACGAUGCCAUUCACCAUGACGGGCCGUACAUCACCAUCCUGGAACAGCCGCAGUCCAAGUUUCGGUUCCGCUACAAGAGUGAGAUGGUGGGAACCCAUGGCCAGCUGAAGGCUGACCGCGCUGACAAGAACAGGACUGCCUUCCCCACUGUAAAGCUCUCCAAGUGGAACAAUGGUCCUGCUGUCAUCCGGCUCACCCUCUACACUGCUGAAGACAACAUCAACCAGCGAAAACGUCACGUUCAUGAACUGUCUGGGAAAAACUGCAACAAGGAGACGGGGAUCUGCGAGGUGGUGGUUGAUGAAAAAUCUGACUUCACAGCUGUUUUUCAGAAUCUUGGAAUCAUCCACAUAGCAAAACGUGAUACGAGAGAGAUAAUUAAGCAGCGGAAGCUUGAGGAGUUGCUGACCCAUGCCAGGCUGCGGAAACCUCACCACUCCAAUGAAGAAAUCCGCCGCAGCAUCACCCCAACAGAUAUGAAAAAGAUUGACGAGGAGGCUGAGGAGGAGGCGAAGAGCAUGGACCUGAACAAGGUGGUGCUGAGGUUCCAGGCCUUCCACUAUGACAAAAACAUUGAGAAUUACCGACCCAUCACCCUGCCUGUCGACUCAGAUGUUGUCUUUAACCUAAAGAAUGCCACAACUGGGGAGCUGAAAAUAGUACGGAUGUCUGCCUGUUCUGCCCCCUGCACUGGUGGCACAGAAAUCUGGCUCCUGGUUGAGAAAGUGCGCAGAAACAAUGUUCACAUCAAGUUCUUUGAGCUGGACGAGAAUGACAGGGAGGUAUGGAAAGCGUACGGGGAGUUUGCUGAUGCGGAUGUUCAUCACCAGUAUGCCAUCGUCUUCAGGACCCCACGGUACAGGCUCACCAACCUGAACACGUCAGUUCGUGUGAAGGUGCAGCUAGAACGACCCACUGACAAGGACACCAGCGAGCCCCUGGACUUCACCUACCUCCCUGAUAGUCUCAAGAGAUCCCGAAUCAACCUGGAGAACACCUUGGAAGAAGGGAAGCGGCACUUCAGCGAUCCGCCGCCUGCCAAGAGGUUUAACAUCGGUUCCUACCCAAAUGAGGCCAUUGAUCUCAGUAACAACAUGAGGAAUGUUGGUGGCCAAGAAGACUCAAUGCAGGCGCCUGAUAUAUUUGAAAUGUUCAUCAGAGUCCCAGAGUUAGCUGACACCAAUGUGCUGGGCCAGUACACUCUGGAGGUGCCAAACCAGUCCCCUCAGCAUGCUGUGCCCUCACCAGGCAGCCACGGGGACUCCAGUAACCAAGGGCUGUACUCCCCACUCCACCCUGGCUCCACCACCACAUCCUCGGCAGACAUGACAAACAUCUACAAUAAUGUGCUCCAGGUGUCAUCACCAGGGCAGCAGAUGUCUCCCAGCUCCCCACAGUAUUGCAUCAUGUCUCCCAGUGAACAGUCCAUCGGGUCUCCCCCAUAUCCUGGGUCAGGAGGAGUGGCCGUGACCACCACCCACUACACGCAGCCGUCGCAAUCACCCCAGUACAUCCAGGCCCCCUCACCAGGGAUGAUGGUGCCCUCACCUUCUUAUCAGGACCCUACUCCUCAGCUCAUCUCACAGCAAUACAUACCACAGCAACAGCUGCAACAGCAUCAACAACAGCAGCAGCAGCAGCAGCAGCAUGUACAACAGUUACAACAAAUUCAGCUUCAGCAAAUGCAACAACCACAACAGCAGAUGCUAAAGGCAGAGCCUCUUGGGACACAAAUGGUGCAAGAAACUGGCAGCUCCUGGGAUGGCCUGCAGCAGGGAGUAAUGAUGCAGCCCCAGCCUCGGGUCCAGCCCCAGCCCCAGCCCCAACCCCAGCCCCAGCCAGUCCUGCAGGUUCCUGAGUUUGAGCUGCCCAAUUGCUUCAACCUUGGUGGCAUAGGACAAGACUCUUCACUAAUGGACAUGCUGGACAUAGCCAGUGGCCAGCUAGACUUUGGAUCAGGAUUCGGUGGCAACUCGGACAUCAAAGAAGAUUAUGGUGGUAAAAAGAGCUCUGACUCCAAGAAGAAGCAAAGAGAUCAGCCCAUCGGUCCAAGUGCAGAUGUGGACGAACUGAGUAAGAUGAUGUCUGAAGUUCGAGUUGAGGCUCCCUCAGGCAACAACAGCCGAAGGAGUCAGCCAAGCCAGCGCCUCGAGGGAUACAACCCCCAGAGAGUGUCCAGAGGUGCAGAUGUGGCCUUCAGAGUGGCUGUGAGUGCUGCUGAGUGUCUUCAAGCCUAUGCAGCCACUGGGGACAUUUCCCUGCUCCUUGCAACUCACCGCUACCUCCUGGCAGUCCAGAACAACCAGGGAGACACGGCCCUCCACACUGCUGUCAGCAAUAAAAACAUGGAAGCUUUCAACAAAAUACUUAAAGCAAGUGAAAAGAUUAAUCCCAGAGACCUUCUCAAUGCACAGAACUUUGCUCUUGAAACUGCCCUCCAUCAGGCUGUCCGUGGCAAUGAGCUAACAAUGGUGCAUCGUCUGGUGGCCACGCCCGGCUGUAACGUGAGCUUGGUUGACAGUCAGGGCAACACCCCCCUCCACUAUGCCGCAAGUCUGCAGGAACCUCAGUGCCUGGAUGCCCUCCUCACCCAGCCCAUCAACGGAGCUCGCUCAGCUGUCAGUCAGGCUCUCAAUGCCUUCAAUUACGAAGGAGAGACGCCGCUGCACAUGGCUGUGGUGUCUGGCAGCCUGGAGUGUGUGCGCCGCCUGGUGGAGGCCGGGGCACAGGUCCACCACUGUGAGCGCAAGAGAGGAGCCAACCCCCUCCACCUGGCUGCUAUGUUUGGCCGAAGAGAUAUCGCUGCCUACCUUCUUGAUCACACGGGUGUGACGGUGGAGGCGGCCAUGUUUGACGGCAACACGGCUCUCCACCUAGCAGCACAAACCCGGGAUGCAGAGAUGUGCCGCCUCCUCAUGCGUGUCAAGGCUGACCCACAAGCAAGAAAUGUUUUGACCAGAAGGAAAAAGUCGUCAGAAUCUGAGGAGGAAGAAGAGGAAGAACAAAAAGAGGAGGCUGAGGAGGAAGAGGAGGAGGAAGAAUCUGAUGAGGAAAACCAAGGCUACACACCACUGGACUAUGCUGGAGAUGAUGAAGAGAUCCUGGCAAUCCUGCGUGGUGAGGAGGCUGCGGCGGUGCAGGCUGAGGGAGAGGUACUGGUGCAGGGGGAGAAGAAAGACGCUCCUUUACACUCUGCCCUUGACUCUGGCAUCGACAUCUCUGUGACGGACAUCCACAGUUCUGAGCUGGCCUGUGAUGAAGGGAAGGAAGGUGCCGGAGAACUGAGUGAGCGUGCACGCGGGCGUCUGGCCAGCCUCCUCAGCGGGGACACCUGGCAACACUUGGCCCAACUGCUUGACUUGGACUACAUGGUGCCGUGCCUGGCCAAGGAGGCCCAACCCGCCCAGCUGCUGCUUCACCCGGACAACAUGACGAGUGUGACUGUGGAGAAGCUUCGGGAGUGUCUGGAGAUCCUGGGGCUAAAGGAGUGUGUUGCCGUCCUGGACCGAGCAUAGUGUGGUGCGGUCAGGGUUUGCAAGGUGAGCAGGAGGUACAAGGUUACAGCGAGUCCUAACCUUUAAUUGGUAGCACUGUGAAGGAUUGUUGCCAGGGGCGCACAAGGGACAGGAUCGUAGGCUUGUCAGCGCUGCAGUGGUGAGAUGGCCAGGUAUCAUGGGGUGGUGGACGCACUGAGUUGUCUAACAUUUUUAUAUUGUCUCCAGUAAAGGAAAUAUGUUGGUUUUCUUUAUUCAUACUUAUUUUUGUGUAAGAUAAGUGUGAUGAGGGGUUGUGUAUCAUAGUUUUCAUUAAUUUCUUGUAAAUGGAAAUACUCUCGUAAAUUUGAUUCAUAUUUUUAUUUAUGUAGACAAUUAUAAUGACCCCAAAAGUACCUUAAUUAGGAACUAAGUUCAUAUUAGUAGGAAAAUCAAAAUGUAACUUUUAGCUCAUCAUUGUAUUGAUAUUAAGAGUCCAAGGAAAUGGAAUGGUGUGAAGGGUUGAGAAGGAUAGAAUUUUUAUGUAUAAUUAUUGCCUUUCUGUUUCUUGCUCAGUGGUUUGUGGCGCAUGACACUGUUCAUGUUUCAGGCUUCAACCUGGCAUCUAGGAAACUAACACUACCACACCCUGAAGAGGGCUGUAGGGGUUCAUGUAGUGGUGUCAGGCAGGGAACACUGUACACUGGGUUGGGAUAUCUUUCCACGUACAAGUCGUACAUUUAGCAUCACUUGGACAUUGCAAGAUUCUUUUAUAUAAACUGAUUUUCUACCAGAAUGUGCUUAUAUUUUUUUAAUGUAUAAAUUGUUGAUAGUUUUAGUAUAUAAUGCUAUGAGGGACCACAGUGAACACUACAUUCCCUGUCUUGUAUGAGCCUCAAACUGCCCAAGGGAAUGUGGUUGACUCUGACCCCUGUCCGUAGAGGGAGUGAGUACUUGCGUGUCUUCCAGCACAACACUUGGGUCAGGUGUAACACUACACUUCUCUGCCUGUGUCACAGUGCUUGAGAGUAGCUGUAGAGGCAGGCGUGGCCAAGCCUGUCAUGCAGCGAGGGCCACCCUGCCAUUUCUGAGGAAGAUCAGCUAACCUUCAUCUUUCUCUGGAAAUUAUUACACAUUAUUCAAUUACAUGAGUAAGAUAGAUAUAUAUUGUUAUAUAUGUUCAAGUUUAAAGUAUAAAUAAGUUAUAUACAUAUAUGUUUGGCUGAAGCCUUCUUACAAGUGUGACCUGGUUCAGGCCAACCCACAGCCGUAAGUGUUGGAUGUGGUCACACGGGCGCCCCAUCACCUGCCAGCACAGACUUGUGAUGAUGGUUAAAUAAAACACUAAUAUCACAUGAA